AUGUUGACCUGUGCAAAAAAUGCUUCAAAGCGUGCAGCCAACAAACGCAUUAUCGCCUUAACCCAACUUGGACCGGUGGAACGGGAAAAAUUGAUAAAUCACGAAGUAAUGGAAGUAACACCCAACAUUCUCUUAGUCGUACCCGACACAGUUAAUCGAUCCGCUGAACUAUACACCACAAAUCUGCUCCCCGCGGAGCCGAGAGGAAUUGCAGUGGAGCUGAAACGGCUAGGGCAACUAAACCUGGAAAGCAAGAUUAUAGUUUCCGAUCUGACCGAUUAUUUUCCUGAUAAAUUAUCCGAUAUGCAAGGAAAGCGUGUACGAGUUUCCACCAUACAGUACCCACCGUUUCUUGCUGGUAUCAAAAUGCAAAACACGUUACUACUCGCAUGGUGUCUCCUAAUAGCCGCCGAAUCAGAUUGGGGACAAGUAUAUUCGAAUGGGAGUUCUGAUGGUCUCAUCGGAAACAUCUUACAACGCCGCGCAGAAGUAAUUAUGGCAGCGAUCUACCGAUGGUACAACUGGUAUCCCUUCGUGUGGAUGACAACAUAUACUGGUCGUUCCGGAGUGUCCUGUUUGGUACCGCGUCCACGACGUUUGCCAUUCUGGCAAACUCCUUUCUUAACCUUUCCCAUAAGUCUAUGGCUGGUGGUCGCCAUUUCAUUCUGCGUUGGAACUAUAGCAGUGUACAUAACAGAAAGGCAACGACAGCUACUUAUCGAAUCUGCCGGCUCUGAACAACGAUAUCGGUUGAUCGAUGCGUUCUUCUUCAUGGCAGGUUUGUACGUGGAGCAGUCUGUGCCUUUGCGAAACGACUUGCUGGCGGGCGUAGUUCUGUUAGCAUUUCUCCUGUUUGGAGGAUUUAUGGUUGGUAACAGUUAUGCCGGCGCCCUCGCGUACAUAAUGACCAUUCCUCGCUAUGAAAAAAUCGUUGAAACUACGGCGGAUUUUGCGUCGAGUGGAUUUAAACUUACCGGAGGUGCCAUAGCGUGGAUGAACUCACUUGCGAACACUAAACAACCGAUUCUCGUGUCAAUAAGAGACAAUUUUAGGGUCUACGAUGUAGAUACUUUGGCACGGUUUGUGCACACUCGUCGUGAUUUAGGUUUCAUACAUGAACGUUUGCAAUAUGGUGCCUAUGCCCUGGAAACUUUCAUUGAUCUCAACGCCACUCGUCUGUUACAGCCGCUGAAAGAAGACGUGUUCUGGGAGCACGUUGUAUCCGCGUGCAGCAAAACAUGGCCUUUGAUGGCUGCAUAUGAUGAUUUAAUCUUGAGGAUACAUCAGGCCGGAAUUCUUCGUUACUGGGAACUUGGGGUUUGUAUCAAUGCCAAAAAAUGA